AUACCCAAUCCCUAAACAAACGCCAUCAUCAAGGGACGUUUAGAAUUCAAACAAAAUUGUCAAGCCUUAAAAGCGGUAAUAAACGGUUGGCACUUAUGUGCACGUACUGAUUCUGCGAAAUAUCUAGAAGGUUUUGUUGGAGUGAAACUUUUAGCCUAAGAUUCUUCAGCAAUUGAUAGGAAACAGUGAUAUAAUAAUCAAACCGUUGCAGCUUGCAGCACUGCUAUCCUAACAGUUCUCCUGACUAGAUUAGGUACAGAUAGCAUGCCGAAUGUAGUGUUGUCACGCGAAUCUUUAUUGUUUUACCAACAGAGUAAAAUGAACGCAAAAGUACAAAGUCGAUCUCUUCCUGUUGUUUUUGAUGACACUUACCAAGAAGAUGGUAACCGGGGAUUAAAGAGUCCUGUAGCUCUCAGGACCAAAGCAUUGCAAGGAAGGAAAGCUGAAACAGACGGGAAAAUCAAAAGUGUGAAACCUCUUCAAGAUGCUGCUGCAUCACACAAGAAAAUAUCAGAAGAUAUACUUCUAAACACCUCAAAUCACCUCUUACAAGUUGCUCCAGAGGAACAUCACCGUGAACUAAAUGGAUCUAAGAAAAAAGGAAGGGCAAAAGUAAAAGGGAAAGAGUCUACCGUCCUUCAAAAUGCUAGUAAAACUCAAAUAAAUGAGGUUGAGAAAAUGAAAAUUGGCAAGAAACGGGAUUCCAGGCAGAGAUCAAAACGAGAUACAAAAAAACAGUCAGCAGAAAAUAUACAUGAACCGGUAUACGAGCCGACCCCUAAACGACUAAGGAUUGUUUCAAAUGCACAAAGCUUUACUACAAACAUGGCAUCUGUCAUUGGAGCUUCCGCAAACAAUUUCAGCAAAACUUAUAAAUCUAAUCAAACAUUAGAGGAGAAUAUUGAUGCAAAGACCGUGUCUGAAUCUCCUGCAAAACAAAUGGCUACGAAACCUGCAGUGACCAUAGGUACCAAAACACCUGGAAGUACUCGAUCGGAAAAAAAAUUGCCGGUUUCAGAAAACAAUUGCACAGAGCUAGAGGAUUUCGCGUCUAUUGAUGGUGUGCAAUCUGCUAAAAGUGACCGAACAAAAAAAAAACGAGUUCCAGCAGGCAGCGCUGACGGUGGGACAGAACUACCAACGUCUUUAUCCAAACGCUCAAUGUCUACCAAGAAGGGUUUAGAAAAUAACGCGAACACGUCAGGACCAAUAACAUCAUGGUUACUAGAUGAACCAUUGUCAGAUAAGGCGGCUGACAUCGAUACAACGGAAAGUGAAGAUGAGACUUGCUCCUCCUAUUCAGAAGUAGACGAGGAUGUAAUUUUCUCCAGAAGUGGAAACAUUCUUGAGAAUCUAAGCCCGAAUAGUUCAAUUUCUCCUAAUGGCAUUGAAACGUCGAAACAAAAAGAUAAAGCUUCGGAGUCUUCCCUUUCUCCAGAGUUUGAUCAUUGGCAAAAAUGUUCGAAGUCCUUGCCAGGAUUAGUACUCCCUUCACCCAGGAAACAACUCUCCUUCGCCGAUGACUCUUUAGCGGUUGAUUGCGAUCUGAGCACCACAAAUACCGAUAAGCACAAAAAUACCGAAGAAAAGUCCGUGAAGUCGUCUGGGAGCAGAAACUUGUCGAAAAAUUUGUCGUCUUCGAAAUCGGAGGCAUCCCGUAUUUCUGCAAAUGUUAGGACACUCAAAGAAGGAAAACAAAGUAAUGGAAGUCCUGCGUUGAAGAGAAAAAGAUUUGUUGGUUAUACAGAGACGCAUUUGCCAAAUAAACAACUCCCAUCUUCCCUGGUUGCAUCGCUAUACCAUGAACCCCUGGCAAACGCGGAUAGGGAUCUGGAUGUACGUGAAAGAAGUCCCACUCAACACUCCAAAAUGACCUUUACUGAAGAAAGUAUGCUUGGUACCAACUGCAGGAUGACACCUAGUUAUCUAUCAGAUGAAUGCACCGCAGUUCCCAUGCCUACCCGACAUCCAACUACAUUUAACCUUUACAUGUCUCCUAGUACUUACCCUGUUCGAGCACGACAGAUUGAGUCAACGGAAGAUUUCGUGGUUUCGUGGCUUUACCUGCAGCCUACAGUUAUUUUCCCCCUACAGACUUCUUUCCGUACCAUGAUCAUGCGUUUAAAGGGUAGUGUAGAGUUCAGAAGUGAUCCGUGUGUUCCAAGUCGCAUGUUGCUGAACUCAGAAGCCAAGUUAGUGGAACUGGAGGCCUGUCGUCUUUUUCAUAUUGCCAAUACAGGAGAAGAAGUUGCGUUAAUCCAGAUGACCGAAGUUUUACGAUAAUCAAGAAUGAUUGAUGAUUGAUGAUUAACCAGACUCUUGCAUUAUACUUCAAAUAUUGUUUUUCAACUUUUUUAAACAAGAAUUCGUUUAAUGUCCCUUUUAAAUGUUGUUCAAGCUGAAGUUCCGUUCAAGUUUUUCGACUUUUCGGUAGACAGAUGGCGUGUGCUCAGAAGUAAACUAAGUCCCGUCGACUGCUAUACUUUAAA